AUGGAAGAUACCACACUGUCGUCUCUAUGUAACUCUUUAGGUGCUCUUAUAAUGGCUUUAAUUAUCGCUUAUCAUUUCGUUGUUGUCAAUGAUAAAGAUUCUUCUAAAAGGGAGACUUUAACUUCUGAUCCACCUUCUAAAG